AUGGAUAAGUCAAACUUGAACAAUUGCCAUAUCGCAAUCGUGGCGCCGUCGCCUGAGGACUACGAGACGGCCAGAGCCUUAUUGGACGGACGGGAGCCAGAAUAUCAGUUGCCAAGCUCGGGAGCUGCAUGCUCACUUGGACAGGUUGGCCCUCAUGAUGUAGUCCUGGUCGGAAAGGCCAAGGACAUGACCAAUGUCUCUGUCUUUGUCAAAGACACUGUCGACGAUUUACUUGAAGCUUUCCCUUCCAUUCGAGCUGGCUUUCUGAUUGGAGUCGAUGCUACAGCACCCGAAGGGAGCCUUGCCAAACCAGGCGAUAUCGUCGUGGCAUUUCCACAAGGUUUUCAACCUGGACAAGUUCAGUUCGACGUGAGUGAGACAAUUGCUUCGAAUCGCAUCUCAACGACGUUUGAAAUGAGCCACCCGUCCUCAUAUAUCAAAUCUGUCAUCAACACUAUCCAAUCUCCGGAGGGUCGUCAGAGCUGGGACCAAUAUCUGCAACAUCAAUCAUCUCGAGCAGAGCUUGCCUGCGCCAAUGAUCAGCAGCCGGCGGAAAGAAAUACCGAUAAAGCCAACAAAAUUUUAAAGGGCAAAGUAGCAUCAUCUACUCAUCUCCUAUCUGAUCGUGAUUUGGCCAACAGAGUCGGAUGCGAUAAUAAGAUCAUAUGCUUCGAACGGGCCGGUGCCAGUAUCAAAUCAAGAUUUCCAAUAUUGACGGUCUGCGGUAUACUUAGCUCUACAGAUCCCUAUGCUCUAAAGCUGAAUGACUCUGCGCUACGUCAAAUCAAAAUAGCCACAGUCAUUUAUGCUAUGUUUGUCCCUAAUCAGAUCAAUACCACCCAACUGGAACACGAGCAUGCCUUUAUAGAUCGAUUUCAAUACGAGGCAUUUGAUUUGGAGACUGCUGGAUUUCGAUUGGUACUCCUUGAAAAGGGCGUUCAAUCUCAAUUGCGAUGCCAACUUUGGCAAGCGUAUCUAAACGAUAUCAUCCCUUAUGAAUCACUGUCUUAUACCUGGGGAAGUCAGAGUACGCUUCAUGAGAUCAUAGUAGACAAAAAGAUAUUGUCAAUCACUGAAAGCUUGCACGAAGCUCUCUGGCACUUGAGGAAACCUGACGAGGACCGGAUGCUCUGGGUAGAUGCUCUCUGCAUCGACCAGACAAAUAUCAAGGAGCGCGGUCAUCAAGUCGACCAUAUGAGAGAGAUUUAUGGGAAAGCUGACAAAGUGGUCGUCUGGCUUGGCUAUCUGAGUGGCAAUGCCACAAAGCUGAAAUCUGCUGUCACCAUCCUCGAAGCGAAACUUGCGGAAAUGCCAGGCAUUCCUCGAAAAUGGCCACGCGAAGAUCCCCGAUGGAGGUCCCUGUGGGAACAAGUUGAAGCGAGCCUCGUACCAUCUUGCCGCAAAGAGUUGGUGGAUGGUCUCCAAAGCUUCAUGGGAAAAUCCUGGUUUUCAAGAGUCUGGAUCCUGCAGGAAGUGGCAAAUGCGAAAAGAGCCGUCGUGUCAUGUAACCUGGGCGAAAUUCAGAGUUGGAUUUUCGCCUUGCUUCCAAGGGUUAUGGAUGUCAAGGUCAGUCAACAGUGUCAAGCUGUUCUGGAUAUCAUGCCCCAUCCAGUGACAUCGCCGACUUCACGGGAUCAAAAUCGAAACCUUUGCGGCUUGCUGUACAAAUUCAGGGGAUGUCAGGCCACAGACCCAAGAGACAGAGUUUAUGCAUUACUUGGAAUGGCGGUCGACAUGCAAGAAAGUGGAAUCCGAUCUGAUUACGCAAAGGACGAGCAAAUGUUGAUGCAGGAAUUGUAUGCUUACAUUGUUGGCGAGAAGUGGCCGGCUGUUGAGACCCCGGCAUCCAGUAUUCAAGAAUUUCAGCAAAAACUCCCAUAUAUCUCCAGGGACCAACUCCAGAAGAAGCUUAAAGGCACGCGAAGAACAGAUCUGCUAGAACAGUGUCUACUCCGACAGGGCUUGGUAGCCAACAUCGGUCAAGAGCAUCUCUUCAAUGUCAUGCGACAUGGAACUUAUUUCACAAAUCUAGUUCUAGACAAGAGUGAAACUCCAUUCCGGGUCUCUUCAGAUGUAGGGUUGCAGUGCCUCAAGAGAUUCCCCGAUGUAUUUGAGAUCCUGCUACAGAGAAAAGUUGAGGGUUGA